AGCGGCGCGCGCCGGCGGAGCGGGGCCGCGCCGGACCCAUGGCCGCGCUCAAGUACACGGGGCUGGAGGACACGGACAGCGAGGAGGAGCUGCCGCCGGGCUGGGAGGAGCGCACCACCAAGGACGGCUGGGUUUACUACGCCAACCAUCUAGAAGAAAAAACACAAUGGGAGCAUCCUAAGUCUGGGAAGAGGAAGCGUGUUGCAGGAGAUCUGCCAUAUGGAUGGGAGCAGGAGACUGAUGAAAACGGACAAGUCUAUUUUGUAGACCACAUAAACAAAAGGACUACCUACCUUGACCCAAGACURGCCUUUACAGUUGAAGAUAAUCCAAUGAAGCCUACUACUAGACAAAAAUAUGAUGGGAACAGUACUGCAAUGGAAAUACUCCAGGGUCGUGACUUGAGUGGGAAGGUGGUUAUAAUCACAGGAGCAAAUUCAGGAAUAGGUUUUGAAACUGCCAAGUCCCUUGCCCUGCAUGGGGCCCGUGUUAUCCUGGCCUGCAGAAGCCUGGUGAGAGGCAACGAGGCCGUGCAGCGGAUCCUGGGGGAAUGGCAUAAAGCCAAGGUAGAAGCAAUGACCUUAGACCUUGCUUCCCUUCAGAGUGUGCGCCACUUUGCUGAAGCAUUCAAAUCCAAGAAUCUGCCCCUGCACAUCCUGAUCUGCAACGCGGCCGUGUUUGGUGCUCCCUGGUCCCUGACAGAGGAUGGGCUGGAAUCCACSUUCCAGGUGAACCACCUGGGGCAUUUCUACCUCGUGCAGCUCCUGGAGGAUGUUUUACGCCAGUCAUCUCCUGCCAGGGUGGUGGUGGUGUCCUCCGAGUCCCACAGAUUUACAGAAAUUAAAGAYUCCUCUGGAAAGCUCGAUUUCAGCCUGCUCUCUCCAUCCAAGAAGGAAUAUUGGGCUAUGUUGGCCUACAACCGCUCCAAGCUCUGCAAUAUCCUGUUCUCCAACGAGCUGAACCGGCGCCUUUCUCCCCACGGGGUGACCUCCAACUCAGUCCAUCCUGGAAAUAUGAUUUAUUCCUCCCUUCAUCGUAACUGGUGGGUGUACACUCUGCUGUUUACCUUGGCUCGACCUUUCACCAAAUCCAUGGUAAGUGAUUGCCUUAAACUAUUUUACUCAUCUUCAUUGUUGCGAAAUGGGGGGAGAAAAGUUGUAAAAAUCCAGAUGUAUGGAUCUGCUUCGACCUCUUGCCUUCUAUAACCAUG